GCAGAGCAGCUGAGGAGGGACCGAGUACGUACCCCACACAGUCUGCCAGCCUGCCAGCCUGCCAGCGGGCAUCAUCAUCGUCAGCUGCAGCUGCGCCCCUCGGGAGGCCCUGGGCAGCCGCCCAUUCUCCAAAACAAUCCCUGUCCCUUGGGGCUGCACUCCGCCUUUCCCAUCCCUACCGCCGCAUGCCCAUUUACAACAGUUCCCCGACCCAACACACAUGUCGUAUCUUUCUUUGCGAUCCAUACCUUACCUUACCUUCCUUCUCUCCCUCCCAUCCGAACCUCCUACCUACUACUGCUCCUCCUCCUCCUCCUCCUCCAAUCACUCCCUCCCUCCCUCCUAACACCUCCCCUUCAGAUACCAGCAUCGCAAAGAUGGGUAUCAACAACCCACUCCCGUCGUCCAUGGCGUCGGAGUGCAAGAAGUGUGGAAAGAUCCUGGCGUCCUUCAUCGACCCACGCCAGGCGUUUGGCCCGGACAAGGUCAUCCCACCCGCCGUCCUGGCCUCAGCAAAGGGCCUCGCAAUCCUCACAGUCAUAAAAGCCGGCUUCCUCGGCUCCGCCCGCUUCGGCUCCGGCCUCGUCGUCGCCCGCCUCCCCGACGGCUCCUGGUCCGCCCCCUCCGCCAUCGCCACCGGCGGCGCCGGCUUCGGCGGCCAGAUCGGCUUCGAGCUGACCGACUUCGUCUUCAUCCUCAACGACGCCUCCGCCGUCAAGACCUUCUCCCAGGCCGGCUCCCUCACCCUCGGCGGCAACGUCUCCAUAGCCGCGGGGCCCGUCGGCCGCAACGCAGAGGCCGCCGGCGCCGCCUCCCUGCGGUCCGUGGCCGGCAUCUUCAGCUACAGCAAGACAAAGGGCCUCUUCGCGGGAGUCAGCCUCGAGGGCUCCGCCAUCAUAGAGCGCAAGGACGCCAACGCCAAGCUCUACGGCCGCCCCGUCUCCGCCAAGGAGCUGCUCGGCGGCGCCGAGCGGCCCCCGCCCCAGGCGGGGCCCCUGUUCAACAUCCUCAACUCGCGCGCCUUCGCGGGGACCCGCUCGGGGAGCUUCGACGACGGCAUGUACAACGAGAGCCCCGUGUACGACGACCGCCACGACGACGUCGUGUGGAACGGCCAGCGGGGAAGCGCGUACGGCGAGGGCCAGCCCAACAACAACAGCACCACCAGGCACAGCAUGUACGGCGCGGGGACGGGCGCGGCGGCCUCGAACAGCAGGGACUCGUUCGGCGCGCCCAAGCGCGCGGCGACGUGGCAGGACGACGUCUACGACAGCCCGCGGCAGUUCGGCGCCGGCUCGAGGUCCAACACCCUGCAGGACGUCACGGUGCCGCGCGAGUACACGGGCCAGCAGUCCGGGUACCCCGAGGACAGGAAGGUCGGACCGGGUCGGCCGGCGGCGCCCAAGCCCAACUUCACGAGCAAGCAGGCGCUCAUGAAGAAGAACGAGGCCGUCGCGCUGUACACGUUUGAGGCGGAGCAGCCUGGGGAUCUGGGCUUUAAGAAGGGGGAUGUCAUCACCGUGCUGAAGAAGACGGACAGUGAUAAUGACUGGUGGACCGGCAUGAUUGGCACGAAAAGCGGCACGUUUCCCAGCAACUACGUCAAGAUGAAGGAGUAGGCGGACUACAUCGUGUACGAAACAGUUGUCUUUCGAUAGCCGCCACUCAUGCCUGCCCCUCGACUGGUGGCCUCCGAGGCCUGGGCUGUCCGGGCGGGCUUGUGGUCAGUGGCGGCGACCCAGCGGGUCCAGUCCAUGCGGGGCAAAUGAGAGCCGGGCGGGUGAGAGGCACAGGCGCGGAUCCAAAAGUGAGGCCGGGACGGCACGAGCCGGUCUGCCCGCACGUCGAAGUCUCACGGUUUUUCCAUCUGACAGAGAGAAAAAAAAGGUGGACGGGUGUCUGUAUGAUGCUCAGGGCACGGUGCACGGGGAUUAUUGUUGGAAUCCUCACGGCGGAAGAUGGACGGAACUUGCAAUGAACGAAACGGAGCCCAACGGAAUACCCCACCCAAACCAAACAAACCCCCUUGCGAUAUCCCUCUGACCCCCCCCCCCCGGACAACAUCCCCCCAACCCAACCUGCUUUAUCGUGCGCACCACAAAGUACGGCGUUCAGGACAGGACAGGACGGAUUAUACACAUCUUGAUGAGCUUGGCCGUUGCUUUUCUUAUACACAACCCACACACCGCAUCCAGCACCCUUGCUUGUCCUUGCGCCGCUGUUGUUGCUUGCUGUCUUGAUCGAGUCUCUGGCGGGCCGGCGUUGGAUGAGGGAACGGGAGGGGAUCUGGGCUUUUUUUCUUCUCACACGGGAGGGCUCCAUCCAAUGAAGUAAUGUCUUCUUCUUAGUACUUAGUUAUUCGCUUGUUCAUCGGGGUUUUGCAGAUUCAGAGCAGAUCAGAUACCUCUUCUCUUGUCUCGUUUGGCAAAUUCAAAAAGAUUCGUUGCCUUUUUUUUUUUGGCUUUUGGCUUUGGGUUGAUCUGGUAUGUUAGUGAAAUGUGGUUUGUGCGUUUAAUCUUGGAAAACGUGAUGUGGAUGAACAUGUUGCUAAUUGGGGGGUGUGAAAUCUGGAUACUCGUUGCCUGACCUGGAUACCACUUACAAUUUGUUUUGAAGGGCUCGGAACGUUUUGAGUAGUACCCUAGAUAAAGACACCUUACAUGGCGGGCUUUUUCCGGCUCAGCUACGUCAAUCAUGAGGUAUCAUACAGGCAACUGAUGCUUAUUCUCAAAUUCACAUGAAGCCUGCCUCCUCGAAAACAACAUAUCAGCAGUAUACAUAAAUCUCCCGCCCGGACACUAUCUUACGGGCUUCAAGGGGGCUGGCUACCGAAGGAGGCC